AUGGAAAGUAGAAGUGUGCUAGAUGUGCUUAUUGUUUCAGAUGGAGUCCAACACACUUGUCUUGUAUGUGGAAAAGAUACUUUCUCUGAGGAAUACCUGUCAAAAUGCUCAAGCUCCUCUGCAGAUGCUGAACAGAUUUUAAAGAAAAUAGCAGAGGCAAAGAAAGAAAAAGACUUCAAGAUGGUACUGGAGCUAUCUGGGCACUGUCUUUCUGAGGUCAGUGACCACCUGCACCCUAUGCACAUCUUAAUGAUCCGAUUACAUGACAGUGCAUUUGAUGCAUGUAUAGAGUUACAGAAGUGGGACCUAGCUCUGGUGUAUGCCAGUAAGACAACAGAAGCAUACAGGGAAUUUUAUGCGGCAUAUCAUCCAAAUCUUGGUAUUCACUUGAUGAAGAUUGGUAAAAUACAACAAUAUCUUAAACAGCUUGAACCAGCGUUGAAGAAUCUUCAGCAGGCUGAAGACAUUUUGCAUGUGAGUCAUGGAAAGGGCCAUUCUUUGUGCCAAGAUCUAAAGAUACUUUUAAAGCAGUGUGAGGAAGAGCUAAGAAUUCAGCAAGGGAGAACAUAACAUUAUACAGAGUCCUCAUGUAAACUUCUAUUUCUCUAAAUAUGGAUUUUUCAAGAAAGCAUGGUUGUUACACUACUUUUCAGAUCAAAACUGAACAUCUUAAAUUUUAAUUUAAGGGUAAUUGGAG